ACUGCCCUUCUCUUUCAAAACCAUGUAAUUGUUUAUAACUUCAAUUCUGCACACAAAAACGCCCACCUUUUUUUGCCUUACCCCUUCAUUCUUUUCUUAUCCACUAUAAUUAAAAUUCUCACUCAGACAACAGGGAGAUAGGCUAUAUAACCACCGCUCCUUCCCUUCAUUUUCCAACACACACACACAGACACAGUAGAAAGUGUGGAAGAGAGCUAUCUAGCAAGGAGAAGAUGGUAUGUAUGGUUGCUCGGACAGGGAGGCAUCUGCAGAGGUACAACCAAGAUCAUCGGCUCGUCGUUGGAUGCAUUCCAUAUAGGUACAAGAAUGGGAAGAAGGGGUGCAGCCCGGAAGAUCAUCAUGAGCUGGAAGUUCUUGUCAUCAGUUCAAAAAAGAGUGAUGCAAUGAUGUUUCCCAAGGGGGGUUGGGAAGUUGAUGAAUCUGUGGAAGAAGCUGCUUCUCGCGAGUCGUUAGAGGAAGCUGGGGUUCUUGGAAAUGUUGAGUGUGAACUAGGAAGAUGGAUAUUCAAGAGCAAGAGCCGUGAGCUGUACCACCAAGGUUUCAUGUUUCCUUUGCUUGUCACACAGCAACUUGAUCUCUGGCCAGAAAAAGCUGCCCGCAAAAGAGAAUGGAUGAGUGUGGAUGAAGCAAGAGAGGCUUGCGGGCAGUGGUGGAUGAAAGAAGCCUUGGACAUCUUGGUAGACAGACUUAGAUCUUCACCCCUUAAACAGGAAAACCAUGUUCAAUCCAUGUAGAGAUGCAUUAAACAUUCAAAUAUUCUCUUUUUCUUUUUCUUUUUCUUUUUUCUGUAAAGAAUUUAUAAUUCUGUUUAGUAGAAGUCCAUGGAUCUCCUCAACAUUAGGGACGAUCAAAGGGCUUCAAAUAUACAUUGAUUAACGCUCCCACA